UAGAUAUAAUUGCACCUCUCGUCCGGUUGUUGUUCUGCAAAAGGGGGAAGGAUCCAUUAAUCUCUGUAAUGUUAAUCUCUUCUCUCCUUCUUAACAUACUUUGAUUUCACACGAUCUCCAUUCUCGAGCUUCAGAUUUGGAAGAUGGAUCUCAACCAGCCUGCGGGGGAGAACUAUGCCAACCCACAAAUAUGCUUCUUUCAUGUUCUUUUCAAGGCCUCAGCUUUGGCGUUUUACAUACUUUCUUCCCUCUUUUUUGAUAGCUUUGUGAUCAUUUUUGUGGUGACUGUUCUUCUUGCUGCUCUUGAUUUUUGGGUAGUUAAAAAUGUGAGUGGUCGUAUUCUAGUUGGAUUGAGGUGGUGGAAUGAGAUAAAUGAUCUUGGUGAGAGUGUUUGGAAGUUUGAAUGCCUUGACCAAGAGUCAUUGGCCCGGAUGAACAAAAAAGAUUCAUGGCUAUUCUGGUGGACACUUUACCUUACGGCUGUUCUAUGGAUUUUGCUUGGAAUAUUCUCUCUCAUAAGGUUUCAGGCUGAUUAUCUCCUGGUCGUUGGAGUUUGUUUGACCCUCAGUAUUGCAAACAUUGUAGGCUUUACCAAAUGCCGCAAAGAUGCAAAGAAGCAGAUCCAACAAUUCGCCACCCAGACCAUUGCGUCGCGCUUUUCGUCUACCAUACAAUCAGCAUUUACCGUUGUCUGAGCUACCCAGGUGCGAUGGGUGCACGUACUGUAAAUGAACACUAUAUUGGCCAGCAUUAACCUGAGUUUCGUUACAAGAUGGCAUAUUAUAGAGAUUUUUGUUCGCCUUGUUGAGUUUUCUAAUUGUUUGUUUGAUAAACAUGUUGAAGUUCAAUUCAAGUCAAGCUGCUUGUACA